AUGGCCGAGCCCUGUCCAUUCUGCAAUAUCGCAGCCACAAACCCACCAACCCCUUUCAACGAUCCCGGUCCCAAAUCAACCACGGACUCUGUUUCCGACGAUGCCAAAACAGCUCAUAUGAUCUUAUCCACCGAGCAUGUAAUCGCAUUCAUGGAUAUCAUGCCUCUCACUCCGGGUCAUGUACUCGUAGUCUCAAGACAUCAUUAUGAGAAGUUGGGAGAUAUGGGUGUUCUGGCUAGCCAGGAGAUCGGAAAAUGGCUUCCCGUACUAUCCAGGGUUGUUACAAAGGUUAUUUUUGGUGAUGAUCCUGAUAGGCAUUGGAAUGUGGUACAGAAUAACGGCGCGCGCGCUGCACAAGUUGUGCCUCAUGUCCACUUCCAUCUAAUUCCGCGCCCGAUAACAGAUGGCGUGCAUAAGCCUAGCUUUGCUAUGUUUGGGCGUGGUCAGCGCUCGGAACUUGAUGAUGAGGAGGGUGAGGAGCUAUCUCAUGCUAUGAGGGUUGAGUUGGCACGAGAAGUUCAGCGGAUUAAAAUUGAGGAGGGUAUUGAUCUUUCAAUCGACUCUGCAGGUCGGGGUAAAUUGUGA